CAUAUUUAGAUUUAUCCGUGCUUAGAGCCAAUAGCGUGACAGCAGGAGGAGUUCUGGUCGCGCAAAGCUGAUGCUCAGUGUCUGAACUAGAAAGGUCUUGAAGACUGGAGCGUCUGGCGAAGUGACUUUACUGAGUUUCUAAAUACGAGGGCUGUGGAACCGAACCUUUCUUUAUACACGCAACGAUGCAUCAAAUGCCCUUUUCGCACGGGAAAGCAAUGAAGGAAAGAGCUCCGAGUUUCUGGAAGACAGCACAGCCCUGGUCCUUGCGGGUAAAGGCAGCACUGUGUAGUCAUCUGCGCUUCAUGUGGAUGGCUCUAAUGGCCCUAACAGUUCUUUGUGUGGCCAUACAAAUACUAGGGAUGACCAGACGAUACAGGAGUGACAAGAUUUCGAAGCAGUUCACCGACGAUAAACUUUUCCGCAUGAGAUUCACCUUUGAACUUCAAAAGACAAUCACAACAACACAAGAGGUGUCAGAAGAAGCAUCUCCCGGCAGAAACCGUAGUAUGAAAUACAUCCAGGGUUUAAGCAGGGACACCACUCUAAAAAAUGAGAGACACGGCCAUGGACAUGGCAAUCCGUCCAGUCUGAAGGCAGAUGAUGUUGUACACACUGCAAAGGAUUCACUUCCGCCUGUGAUAAGCCAUGAUUCCCGAGGUCCUAGGGAAUCAGUACUGUCCAUGGAGAAUUUAAGUUUGUCUCAUCGGGACAAUCUUCCCGCCAACAAGAACACAAAAAUCACAGUGGUAGAAAAUCCAAAACAAUCAAACAAAGCAGUAGCUACUGCUCGUGCUCAAAGCAUGGAUGAGACGCUUCAUUCAGUAACAUUGGAACAACCUGUCAGAGGGUAUCCAAAAUCUCCAAAUUAUACAGGCCUUGCUGGAAAUACCUUAGCCCACAAUCCAAGAUCAUUAGAUGACAUAUUCAAACAAAAUACUACAGUAGGAUUGGGUAUAACCUAUUCAACCAAACAAUAUCAAAAGGGUUCUCUCCAAGUUCAAAAAAAACUAUUGCAGUCCACUUCAAAUUCAACAAUUAAUACCAAACAACAUCUAAAGGCAUACAGACAGCAGAAAAAGAAAAUCUCCAAGCCAAAAUCAUCUACCUCUUCUGUGCCUUCGCCUCUCAAUCCAAACUUGCUACCACAUGCCCACUCCUCAUUGGGCAGACCCAGUGCCAAAAGAGCACAAAAUGAAGAGAAGGACACUUGCCAGCCAAAGACGCACAUUGUGUUCCUCAAAACACAUAAAACAGCUAGCAGUACAAUCCUCAACAUAUUAUACCGUUUUGGAGAGAGCCGAAAUCUCACCUUUGCUCUCCCCCUGAGCAAACACAGCCAGCUGUUUUAUCCACUGUAUUUCACAUCUCUGUUUGUUGAAGGCUUCAAGUCAAGGACCGUGAAGGAAUAUGACAUUAUGUGCAAUCAUAUGAGGUUCUUGUCAUCUGAGGUCAAGAAGGUCAUGCCAGCAGAUUCAUUUUACUUCUCAAUUGUGCGCAAUCCUGUCACCAUGAUGGAGUCCAUUUUCUCCUAUUACAAGAGCAUUCCUGCCUUCCUCAGGAAACGAAACCUGGACGAGUUCCUAGAAAAUCCCUGGAAGCACUAUAAUGCCUCUUUAAACAACAACCAUUAUGCCAAGAACCUCCUGACAUUUGACUUUGGCUUCAAUAACAAUGCCAAUGACAAUGAAAGAUACACCAACCUGUCUAUAACUAUGAUAGAAAACACGUUCGACCUGAUCUUGGUGUCUGAAUACUUCGAUGAGUCCAUGAUCCUGUUAAAGAACGCCCUCUGCUGGAAGUUGGAUGACGUGGUCUCUUUCAAGCUCAACAGCAGAAGCAACAAGACCAGGCAGGACUUGUCCCGUCGGGCCAUGGAGAAGAUAAAGCAAUGGAACUCCCUGGACUGGAAGCUCUACCUGCAUUUCAAUGCCACCUUCUGGAAGAAGAUCGAUGAAACGGUGGGACGAGAGGAGAUGGAACGAGAAGUGGAGCGCCUUCGAGAGAGAAGGGUCCAGCUCAUGAAGACCUGUCUGCAGGAUGAAGGGGCUGUGGACCCUUCCCAGAUCAAAGACACUUCCCUGAAGCCCUUUCAGUACGGUGCUGCUGUCAUUCAGGGCUACAACCUCAACCCUGAGCUAGAUGAAAUAACCAAAAGCAAAUGUCAGAGCCUCAUCAUGCCUGAGCUACAGUACACUGCAUUACUGUAUACCAAGCAGUUUCCGGAUAUUGCGGCUAAGCUGUCAGCCUCCUCACACCAGUUAAGUCCAGGCAAGUCCAGGACCCAUCAUUCAAGGAAUUGGGAAGCCAGAAAAGCCAUUGCUCACAUGAGAAAUGUGAAAAAUCAGGUCUAUAAAGGUCAUCAAAGAAGCUUUUCCAACUGGACUACAGCAAGCAGCCUGCAGAAUGUGCCUUGAAACAACUUCGAUAUAAGGGAUAAGGAAAUAUCUUCUGAGUCGACAGGUCAGCGAGGUCUACAAUAAGCCCGUCUGAGCCAGGGUCUCAGUCUUUGAGCUACAUAGUUGCCAAGACUGGCCUUUAGGAGGUAGACUAGAGAGGUAGAAGCCCGUGGUUCAGAAGUGGACUAGGUCAGUGCAUCUCAAAUCACUUGGCCUUAGACUGAACUAUCAGGACCUCUUAGUUGGCUUUCCUAACAUCACAUUCAAGGAAGAGCCGAUGUUCAGGGAGGGCCAGUGCUUGUGAGAGAGCACCAGUUCUGGAUGUAGUAUUAUCUGUUCUGAAGAGGAAUCAUUUUUUCCCAUCUUAAUAGAUUCAAAUAAUGGCACCAUUCAUUAUAGUAGGGGACUCAAACCUACUGUCCUGGCUAAAAUCUACUGUGGGUGGACAUAAUUUUGCCUCCCUAAAUCCGACUGGUGAUGUAUUUUUUACUUCACUUAAUUGCUUGGCUGGUGCAAUGGGCGCCAAGUGUCACCCAUGUGGGUGUGGGGGAGGGGGGGAGGUAAAGAGGGGGUAAAGUAUUUUCCCAUAUAACUUAUUAAUAGUCUAGAGAAUUCAGAAAUUUCUUUUACAAAUGAGGUGCUUUGUGAGGAAAAAUGAUUCAAUAUGCAUCAUUAUGAAGUUAAGAGAAGAUGAUGUAGAGCACAUUGUAUUACUGGUACAGAGGUACAAUUCCUCAAAAUAAAACUACCAAAAAGGCCAUAAACCAAUACAAAUAUUGCCUGAAAUAGAUUAUAAACAGAAACACUAUUUAUCAUUAAACAUGAAUGAUCUUGGAAAACACUUAAUUUGUCCUUUGAAUUCUUAUGUGAAAAAUUUGUAUACUUCAUCCAGAUGUAAUAAUGUGCAGAAUGUACUUUCAUAGGUUAAGUAAAAGAAUUCAGAGGUUC